AUGUCCUACAACGACUUGAACAGGUUUGACCUGGUUUCUUAUCCUAUGGAUGAAGUCUCGGUAUCUGAGGAAGCCGAUGAUACAAGUCAAGACUUCGAUGCUUCGACACGCCACCUGGGUCAUCUUUCUAUCAAAGACCCGGAAACUCCCCCACCCAAUACAUUUCAUGACCCAGAACCACCGAAGGAAGCUUGCAAGACUGGCAGACUAUCAGCUGUAGGCCAUCUUUCCUUGUUCCAUCUUCCCGCUGUCGCAACCACUUUGAUGCUUGUUACAUUCUAUAGCGUCCACAUUCGAUGGGGGGGCCUCAGUGAUGAGCAAUUGAGCUACCUGCAGUUUGCAGCAAAGGGCCAUGAAGCACUGAUCCUGAUAUCUUUGACCGAUAUCUUGAUGCAUCGGAUACGAUACAAUCUACUACACGAGGAAAACGGUGUUCCGCUUGGCUUCCUUUCAUCAUCGUUCGUUAUCAGCUCUCCUAUUUCCUACUUCUUCAGCUGGGAAUUAUGGGCUACGUUGCUGCGGCCUCACACAAAGUCAAAUUAUGCCAAGAUGAACACACAAGUCACCGAUGUCCUCAUCAUCAUAAGUAUCAUACUCUCUGUUGCGGCCGCACCUCUUUCUGCCAUUGUAAUACUCCCUCGAAGCGGGUGGUGGCAAAUCCACGUACCUAUGCAUGUGGAAAGCGACAUAACCUACAUAAAUGGACCGUUAUGGGAGAGGAAUCUCACUUACCACCCCGAAUAUACAUACCUCGACUCGAGCAAUGGUCUAGUGGAGGGUUUAGACCGGCUUAGGGAUGUCAUAGACAUCCCGCCUGUUAGUUUGCAUAAUAGCACACGGCAAAUCAGCAAUAUCUCAUUCGCCUCACCCUAUCGAGUUAUUUCGAUUACUCUAGACUUUCCUAGUCUAAUAGACCUUCAACAGCAAUCGCUUGCGGCUACAACGACUCCCCUGAAGUAUGUAGGGGAUUUCUAUGACAUAAGUUGGCAAGGCAGACCUGUCGAGGUACUCACAAGGACUCGGCAGAAACACCUAGGCGAUCGUUUCGAAUCAGUAUGGGAUUCGAAGGCAAACUUGACAGAAGCAGAGAAGUGGAAGAUGUUUCGACAAGCACCAACAAGUCGAUGGAAGCAGCCAAUCGUUUCUGUUGAGUGCUCAUUUACUAGGAUGACGGGAAAUACUGCACACUUCGAGUUCAAGUCUAACAUUACUGCGAACGAUGUACUCCUGAGGACCGAAGACAACAACGACUUCAAAGCAUUCCUCGAUAAUAUUAAUGAGAGUAAGAAGACAGGAAAAGGCUCUGCUGCCAGAUACCUUUUCUUAGAUCUACCAGACAAUCAUGUCAGUGCAGCAAUAUUGUUCCUCAGAGUGGUUGGCGACCUCGAUGAAACCGGACUUUCACUGUGCCGAAUACACUCCCGAUGGGCCGAAGCCGAUACAUGGAUAGAAUACGGCGAAUCUGUUUAUAAAACCCAUCUCGAUAACCCUUUGUUUGACGUCGAAGCUCACUUCAGACGAUCUGCCGACGCUGACGAUCUCAUCACAAUGAACAAGGAUUGGCUCCAGAACACAAGUCGACAGGUACCUUCUUCAAACUCAUCAUAUCAUGACAUCCUUAACUAUUGUACUGAGAAAGACCCAUUUCAAAUUUCACGAUGUCUCACCAUUUCUCUCUCGGUAUACAUGACAUAUAUUUUAUCAUUGACAUCUUCUUGGACGUCUUACAAUAUAAUGUCAGAGUCCUUUCUUGAUUCACCACAACCAACUCCGGACGAUAUUGUUAUCUAUAAAGAAUAUUUCGUCGGCGGGUACGGCUAUGACUGGAAAAGCAGCCGCACAAUCCCUUUCGCAUUCUCAAUUCUGCUUCUGCAUGUUUCGAUUGUAUUUAUUCACAUAACAAUAGUCCUAUGGUCUCGUCAUCCGUGGUACAGCUCGAGCUGGGGUAGCUUUGGGCAGAUGAUGGUUUUGGCACUUCGCUCGAGAGCUCCAGAUGGAUUAGGCAGUGUCGGUGCAGGUGUCUCGAGUUCUAAAACCUGGAGUACGUCUGUGUCGGUCAGAGUGGUCGGUGAUGAGGAUCGUUUGGAGAUGGUACUCCAGAACGAAAAGGGGGGUCUGUCACAAUAUCAGGAAGUCGGCGGGGAGGUUGAGGAAGAAGGGUUCGAUAGAGGUUCAUCUCUGGCACAGCCAGGGGUAAAGUAUCAUUGA